CGGAUAGUUAAGUGAAGCUGAACACUGUCCCGUCUGCUUGAUUCAGUAAUAGACACUAUCCCAAAAAGCCUUUCCUGUCCAUCUCAUAAUAUCACUUGCAACGUCGUUUUGUGCAUAUUUUGAAUGGUCUGUUGACACUGAAUAUCUCUUCAGGAUGGGGGCAUUAAGAUGUCAGGUGUCUAGUAGAGACACGCACCUGAGUAUCUGAUAGCAUGACGCGUCUGUGGCGAGUCACUUGACAACUGCGGAUCGGACGGGAAACUAUAUUCAGCGCCCAUCAUGACCAGCUCGCUGUUAUGGUCAGUGGACGUGUACGGGAAGGUGUACAGCCUGUCUACCGCCAGUGGGCGCUGGGAACGCACCGAGGACUCGCUGCUUGAGCUUAAGCGUGUCACCGCUGGAAAGAGGUGCAGCUGGGGAAUUGGCUGUGACCAUCACGUUUACCUCAACAUUAACCCGGGUGUCGAGCCCAUCCGAUAUCGGGAAGAGACCUAUGAAAACCAGAGGUGGAACCCUGUGGAUGGCUUCACAGACGUCCUGUUGCCCACCGACCGCUGGCCGUGGAGUGACGUGACAGGAAUGAUGUCCCUGCCCCUGCACAGCUUCCUGCUGCCUUCGCUCAGCUGGGAGUGGGAGGGGGACUGGUACGUGGACCAGAGCUGUGGAGGAGACCCAGCUGAGACAGGGGGCUGGGAAUACGCAGUGGACUUUCCUGCAAAUUUCUCCCACGAGAAGAAGUGGAACUCCUGUGUUCGUCGCAGGCGGUGGUUUCGCUACAGGAGAUACAAAGCCCGGGGAGAAUGGGCCAAGAUCCCCCUGGACCACCCGAAGAGACCCCCACUGCCCCUCAGCGACAUCAGCUGCGGAGGCUGGGAGAUGAGCGACCAGCCCGGGAGGCACCAUUUCCUGUGGGGCGUGUCCCAACAAGGACAGGUGUGGUUCAGGGAGGGUAUCCAGCCACUGGUCCCAGAGGGCUCGUGCUGGGAGGAGGUGGAGGUCCCCAGGGAGUUGUCCCAGCUGUCUGCCGGCCCCGGGGACUUGCUUUGGGCGCUGCUCUGGGACGGACAGCUGCUGGUCAGGACAGGCAUCACCCUGGACAGCCCCACAGGCAUCUCAUGGGUGGUGGUGGAUGCACCAGGCAAAGAGGGCACUGCCAUUCAUGUUGCGGUGGGGGUUGGCGUGGUCUGGGUGGUUACCAAGGACUACAAGGUGUGGUUCAGGAGAGGUGUGAACUCCCACAACCCCUGUGGCUCAGGGUGGAUCAGCGUCGGAGGGGAGAUGAUGAUGGUGGAUGUAGGGCUUAACGAUCAGGUGUGGGGUGUUAGCGAGGACCGUGGGCUCUACUUCAGGAUGGGUGUUACCCCCUCUGAACCCAGUGGUAGGGGCUGGAUCCCUAUCUUGGCCCAAUGGGGCAGCAGCAGGGAAGUGGCCCCGCCCAGUGAUGGCCCUGAGUUCGGAGGUCAGGUGACCGAGGCGUCCCAGGGCUCCGUGCUGGGCUGCGAAGAUUCAGACUUGGACACCUUCCCCACUGGCGUUUCAUCCUCCCCCUCUUCUGCCACAAUCCCCGGAUUAGGGGACACCCCCAAGCCCUGUGUCCCCAAAGUCACCAGCGAUAGCUUCAUCUCCAGUCUGGUCUCUGACCGCGAGAGAACCCCCGCACCCCAACUGUCCUCUCCUGAGGAACCCCCAGGGGAUCACCAGGAGGCUGCCCCAGUCCCAAGCCCUGCUUCCCCAGGUGCUGCUGGACCUGAGGUCCCUUGGAGCAACGUGGACCUACAGGGUGCCGAGGGAGCCCAGGCGGAGGGUCCGUCCCUGGCUACGGCUGGGGCCACAGGGCCCCCUUCCUCGGUAGCUACUUACCCACUGGGACUGGAGCCCUCCCAGGGUAUGGGGGAAGAGGAAGGCCCGGUAUGGGCUUGGAUCACAGGAGGGGGCUGUGAUGUGGAUUCCAGCUCCCAGAUCAGCUGGCUCAGUCCUACAGGUCCUCUCACCAGCUCCCUGUCCCUGACCCCAGUCCAGUCAGCAACCUGGAGGGAGCAGGAGCAGCCCAGAGACCGCAGCAGUAAGAGGCCCCUGGAGAGGAGCGCGUCUGUGUGGAUGAGAAAGGGCAGCAUGCGCUGGUGGAGGGACUGGAAGCCCCAGCGCUGGGUGGAUGUGGGCAUGGCCCUGGAGCAGUCCACCAAUAGCAACGGGUGGAGAGACAGCAUCUUCUUUAUCUACUACACCCAAUAUGACGAAAAGAAGUACCUCCAUGUGUUUGUGAGCGAGGUGACAGCUCUGGUCCCGGUCCUGCGGGAUUCCCAGCAUGCCUUUGCUGUGUACACAGCCCAGAGGACCAAACAGAGGUGGCCUCUCAUCCUGGCAGCCCCCACAGAGAAGGAUAUGAACGACUGGUUGUCACUGUUGGUAGAGUGCUGCUGUGAGGCCAGAGGGAUCAGGGGACCCCUGUCCAGACAGGCCCUGUGGUCUGUCACAUCUAAAGGGGACGUGAUGGUCCACGAGCCCUCGCCCUGCCUGGAGGCCCCCGUACACACGCUUGCCUGCGACCUCAUGUUCUGGCGGCAGGUUCCGGGCCACCUUCGCUGUGUAGAAUGUAACAGUUUGGGGGUGGUGUGGGGCGUCGGGUGCGACGGCACCGCCUGGGUCUACUCCGGGCGCUGUGGAGAGUCUGGGGACCAGCCCUCUCAGGGAACUACGGACAGCGUUCAGACCCAGACAGAUGUGCGGAGUGUGUAUGUCUAUGAGAACCAGAGAUGGAACCCCAUGACUGGAUACACAGACAAAGGUCUCCCUACAGACAGGCCCAUGUGGAGUGAUGAGAGUGGGCUGAAGGAGUGCACCAAGACAAACACACACCCUCCCUCUCUUCAAUGGACCUGGGUGACAGAGUGGACCAUCGACAACGGCAUCCCUGGGGGGACAGAUAAAGAGGGGUGGCAGUAUGCAGCAGACUUUCCUGUGACAUUUCACGGCCACAAGACAAUGAAAGACUUUGUGAGGCGCAGGCGCUGGGCCAGGAAGUGUCAGAUCAGUGUGAUUGGGCCGUGGCAGCAGAUCCCGCCCAUCCCCCUGAGUGACAUCACAAUCUUACCAUGUCUGGCCCAGAGCUGCAUAGAACAGGUCCCUGUGUGGGCCGUGAGUGACAAAGGGGAUGUCCUCUGUCGCCUUGGGGUCACCCCUUUAAAGCCCCAGGGCACUUCCUGGCUGCACAUCGGGACAGACCAGCCCUUCAAGUCAAUUUCCAUCGGCGGUGCCAACCAGGUUUGGGCCAUCGCCAGGGACGGAGCCGUUUUCUACAGGGGCUCCGUGUCUGCCCAGAACCCUGCAGGAGAGUGUUGGUAUCACAUCCCCUCCCCUGCAAAGCAGGCCCUGAAACAGCUGUCUGUGGGGCGGACCUCCGUCUACGCUGUGGAUGAAAAUAGUAACCUCUGGUACAGACAAGGCCUGACCCCCAGCUAUCCCCAGGGCUCAGCCUGGGAGCUCAUCUCCAACAAUGUCACCAAGGUCUCUGUGGGACCCCUUGACCAGGUGUGGAUCAUAGCAGACAGGGUCCCCGGCUUCCCCUCUGAGCCCCCUGGAACCGUUUGUCACCGGCUGGGGGUGGGGCCCAUGCAGCCCAAGGGCCAAUCCUGGGACUACGGCAUAGGGGGAGGAUGGGAGCACAUCAGUGUGCGAGGGAAUGCAUCCGAAGGACAGCGUGCACCCCCACCCCAAGCAACACUCCCUGCCAGCCCCCACACCCCUCGAGCCCCCCUUCCUGCCAGCCCCCACACUCCUCGCACCCCCCUUCCUGCCAGCCCCCACACCCCUCGCGCCCCCCUUCCUGCCAGCCCCCACACCCCAUCGAGCCCCCUCCCUAGGCCAGAAGGUCAGGUCAAUGGGACUGCUAUGAGCCUGUAGAGGCCAGCAUCCUUUCCCCUCCAUCCCAACAGCCACAUCUGUGCCUGGUUCCAUUCUAUCAUCCCUUUCCCCAAACCCAGAAUCCCCUCCCAUCAGGAAAGCACAACACAAGCUCUUGGCCGUGUUAACUACGAUUCUUCCCUCCUUUUGCUGUCUGUUUAUCUUCAAAUGUAACAUGAGCAGACAUCAAAACACUGUAGCUGCUAUCCACCUAGGGAAGCAAGCAUAUAAGAGUAGGAUAUAUGGUUCCAAAAUAAACAGUGACCCUGUGUUCCAGUCCCGCUAGUUUUUAGGUUCAGCGAUGGCACUUUACAGAACAGUGAAUGUUAGAGCACAUGUCCGGUUUCCAUAAAACGCAAGCACAAAACAUUUAUUAGAUUGUGGAUUUGGCAGCCUGAAGCUGUGUCGCCUCCUCUUGGGAAUGGGCUGAAUUGACAGAGGAGGCUCCGCAUAACACUCCAUUUGGUUAUUUUGUAGCACUUAUGUAGCUUUCUGGGACACUGAGGAAAGAUUACUUACAAUGAAAGAGUUCAGUAAAGGGCUUAGACUUGGUUUGGAAGAAACCCAUUUGCAUAAGUGUAAUCAACCCCUUGACCUCUCCCGACUGUGUAGUUGUAAACAGGUUGUAAACUUUUUUUUGGUUUGUUUUUUCAGUAUUAAUUUAUUUUAUGCUUGACAUAGUUCAAGAUGUUGUUUCCUGUAUACCCAUUUAUCCAUUAUUUUCAACCUGAAGAUGUUCAGUGUUUGCAGUAUUUGUUUUGUGUGUAAUAGUGAGUUUCUUUCAGCUUCCAAAACUGACAUUCCUAGAUCUCCUGUGGACUUUCAUAACCUUGACGAUCACUCUUUGGGUUAUACAUACAUGAGUGUGAUACAAAUAUACUACCCCUCCCCAAGAUGUCACAAAACAAUCUCAAAGCCUAUAACAUGGAUUUGGGUUUAGUGAUGUCCAGGAAAUGUUUUCUGAAUUGUUAUAUUUUUUCCUUCAAUACUGUUAUCCUGUCAGUAUUAUGUUAAAAUAUAUUUUGACCAGGACUGUUAAAUACAGCAGAUCUGAAUCUUAAUACCUAUACCUGGAAUUCACAAGGUCAUUGAACUGGGAAUAAACUUCAGAACCGCUU